UUUUUUUUUCGUAAUAGUUCAUAACUGAGCUUUUAUGAUUAUUUUCAUCUUUAUCGUUGUCUUAUUUAUUUAAUUAUUUCCAUUUUAGUAUUCAUUUUAAUUUCUAGUCCCAAAUUCAUUUUGUUUACGGACAUAAUUUUCAAAUGAAAAUUGUGUCAUUGAUAAUUUGUCCAAAGUUGUGGUGAUCUUUAUUAAAGAUAAAAAUUGCACGUGUACGUCAUCCGUAAUGACCGAUCAACACCCCUUCAAAAGAACAACCGACGUAAAUAAAUCAAAAGAAGUUCAUUACUCUCCUUAUUUACCGCCUGAAACUUUGGGUGAAAUCUUUUCCUUUUUUGCAGAUGAUGAUGUAAAAUCAUUACAUUCUUGUCUUCUUGUUAAUAAAACAUGGUGCGAGAGUGCUGCUUUUAUCUUAUGGAAACGACCAUUUGAUAUUUCUUCUAUAAUGGCAUCUUCUGAACUUGUUAGUGUAUAUUUCUUAUUCUUCUCUGACGAAAAAAAAAAGUCUUUAUUAACAUCGGUUCCAAAUGGAUUAUCACAUUUAUCAUCUGAUAGACCAGCUUUGAAUUAUUUAUCGUAUCUGAAAUAUGUAGAUUUUAAGAAGGUAUAUAAAGCUGUUAGAAUGUGGUUGAGAACCAAAACUUUACUUGAGCCAUUUUGUUCGGAAUUCAAAAGGAGGCAAAUAGCUUUAACAAAUAGAAUCGUUACGGAGUUAGGGAGAAUUUUUACAGCAGGAUAUGCAAGAUUAGAUCGAUUAUCAUUAGACAUAAGAUAUUUUGAAUAUAAUCCUAAAGAUGACGAAGUUGAUUGUUUAUCUUGGCCAUGUUAUCCUGGAGCAUGCGUUUCAUUAUCAGAUCUUCGAGAAUUCUUAUGUGGAGGUCAAUUUAUGAAGAAUCGUAUCUUACUUAGCAUGGCUGAAAUAUGCAAAGACAUUGAAAUACUUAGUAUUCAUGAAUCUGCAGAAACAUCACCUGAAAUGCUGGCAGAAUUUAUUAAGGCUCAAAGAAGGUUAAUUAAGUUUACACUUACAAACUGGUCAAGUGAAAUUCUUGAAAUUUUAUCGUCACUAAGAAAACAAGCAAGAACUUUAAAAUAUAUGGAAUUAAUAAGGUGUAUUUUUCCUAGAAAUGAGGAUUACACAAAAUUAUUUCGUGGUUUAGCAGAAUGUCGUAAUUUACAAACAUUAAAACUUGAACAAUGUCAACAUUUAAGUACAAAAUUGAUGAAACCAUUAGCAGAGGCCAGUUUUGAAAAAUUACAAACUUUUAUAAUUGAUACUGAAGCAGUUUCAGACCCUCCAACAACAGAAAUUAAGGCUAUUAUACAAAAUUCCAGGGAAUCCCUAAUAAAUAUAGGAUUAAAUGUUAAUUUAUCAUUAUAUGCUGAUAUAAUGGAAACAAUUGCAACAUUUUGUCCAAAUUUACUUAAUUUAAGUGUUACAAUCGAAAGAGACUCCGAAAUGCAACAGUUAAUUACAUUAUUUAGAUCUUGUACAAAUCUUGUUGAAUUAAAAAUACCAAAAAAAUGGAAAUUAUUUGAAGUAAAAAAGUCUUUAGUUGAAUUAGGAACUGCUUUACCAUCCACAUUAAAAAGAAUAGAAUUAGACGGAUUAAAAUUUAGUCAUGAAACAUGGGAAGAAUUCUUAGAUAUGUGUCCUGGAUCUAUAAAUCAUUUUGCAUUUAAUUGUUUUAGUAAAUCAAUAUUUGUUAAAAUUGUAGAGAAAUAUGGGAAAAGAUAUAGCAAAUCAAUAAAAAAUGAAGAGAUGUUGGACCAAACUUGGUUACCUGUACAAGUAACUGUAGAUUUAAAUAAUUAAAUAAUAUUGAAAUAAAGAAUGCAAAGAAAACUUGUACAAUUCACAAAUCUUUAUGAAAGAAAAAUUAUAAUUUAUUGUUUUUAACUUAUAUGUUUAAAUUAUUGUUAAGUUAUUUAAUUAUAGAUUUU